UAUAACAUAUCAUACAAGUAGAUAAAAAUAAUGUUAUUAUUAGUACUUUAUUAUAAAAUUAGAGGUCAAAAAUAAUUUACUUCUCCUGCUUCCGAUCAAUCGCUCUCUCGCUCGCUCAUUUGAUUCCCGGCACCGUUUCAAGACCCAUAAAAAACAAGACUGAGAUCUCUUUUUGGGAAGUUUUGAUAGAAGAAAAUCAUCACAUAGUAGAUCAUGGAAACAGGGACGAUCUCUCGACUUCUUCAACCGACUAAGGUUCCAAGUUCUAGAUUUGCCAGUUUCACUUCUAAAUCUUCCAUAUGCUGCACGCGGACAAGGUUAAUGCCUGCUUGCCAUUCCUCACAUGGUGGGCGAGAAAUGAAUUCUGAUGAGCGAGAGAUUACAGUUUUAUCUUCUGAACUCACUCUUAAAAGAAGCAGUGUAGGUGGAGGAUUGUCUUUACAUCGCCCAUUGCACAAGAGAGAUGUAGUUGGCAAAACGUUCUGCUCUGUUGGAUUGUCUACGUAUCCAGGGAGCAUCGUUGAGUCUUCCUCACAGACAGCUGAAGAAAAGAUCGGAGUGCUACUUUUGAAUCUUGGCGGACCAGACACGCUUCAUGAUGUCCAGCCUUUUCUGUUCAACUUAUUUGCUGAUCCUGAUAUUAUAAGGCUCCCCAGAUUGUUCCUUUUUCUCCAGCGCCCAUUGGCACAACUUAUAUCUGUUCUCCGAGCUUCGAAAAGUAAGGAAGGAUAUGCUGCAAUUGGAGGUGGUUCUCCUUUACGAAAAAUAACAGAUGAACAGGCAAGUGCACUAAAAAUGGUGCUAGAAACAAAGGAAGUCCCUGCUAAUGUUUAUAUUGCGAUGCGGUACUGGCACCCGUUCACCGAGGAAGCUGUUCACCAGAUAAAAAGAGACGGGAUUACAAAGCUUGUUGUACUGCCUUUAUAUCCUCAAUACUCUAUCUCUACAACUGGUUCAAGUGUCCGUGCCCUUCAGAAUAUUUUCAAAGAAGACUCUUAUCUGUCCAGACUGCCAGUUGCUGUCAUUGAAUCCUGGUACCAACGACAAGGUUACAUCAAGUCCAUGGCAAACUUGAUUGAGCAGGAGUUACAUAAUUUCACUAAGCCUGAGGAGGUCAUGAUUUUCUUUAGUGCCCAUGGAGUGCCAGUCAGUUAUGUUGAAAAUGCUGGUGAUCCAUAUAGAGAUCAGAUGGAAGAGUGCAUUUUCUUGAUAAUGAAAGAGCUGAAAGCUAGAGAAAUCAACAAUGAUCAUACCUUAGCUUACCAGAGCCGAGUUGGUCCUGUCCAAUGGUUGAAGCCAUACACUGAUGAAGUUCUUGUUGAGCUUGGACAGAAAGGUGUUAAGUCUCUGUUGGCUGUUCCAGUAAGCUUUGUGAGUGAGCAUAUAGAGACUCUUGAAGAGAUUGAUAUGGAAUACAAGGAGUUAGCUCUUGAAUCGGGAAUUGAAAAUUGGGGUCGUGUUCCUGCUCUGAAUUGCACCUCCUCUUUUAUAACUGAUCUGGCAGAUGCUGUUAUUGAAGCAUUGCCCUCGACAGUGGCAAUGUCAACGUCCACUGGCACAGAGGAAGAAGUUGACAAUGAUCCCAUGCAAUAUUUUAUGAAAAUGCUUUUCGGAGCACUAUUAGCAUUUGUUUUUCUGUUUUCACCAAAGAUGGUAUCGGCUUUUAAGAACAUACUUUAGGGAGAGAUCCUUUACAGAAAUAGUACAGACAGAGAUAGCAAAUCAGAGAUGAAACAAUCCUUUACAAAAUAGAAGUUGUAAAUCUAAAAUUAUCUUCUAUUAUACCAAUAUAUAUAACUUGUAGAAA